AUGUCGGAGAUAUUCAUCAACCACAUUACGCGGUGGCUCUUUAGCUCACCGCCGGCCGAAUGGGCCAUUGACCAGCUCCGCGAGCUCCUCAUUGGCGCACUGAAGCAAGGCCCGGUCCCUCAACAUGUCGCAUUCGAGAUGGACGGCAACAGGCGGUAUGCUCGCGGCAAGAAGAUGGAGACGAUCGAAGGUCACCACCACGGGUUCGAGGCUCUGGCCAGGGUUCUCGAGAUUUGUUACAAAUGCGGCGUCAAAGUCGUGACGGUUUACGCCUUCAGUAUAGAAAAUUUCAACCGCCCGCAAUACGAGGUCGAUGGGCUUAUGCAGCUGGCCAAGGUGAAGCUCGAGCAGUUGACGAAGCAUGGAGAUAUCCUGGAUCGGUACGGUGCGGCGGUGCGUGUGCUCGGCCAGAGAGACUUGAUCCGCAAGGACGUGCUCGAGGUCGUUGACCGUGCAGUCGACAUGACCAAGUACAACAAGCGCAACGUGCUGAACAUCUGCUUCCCGUAUACGGCGAGAGAAGAAAUGACGACGGCCAUACGAUCCACGGUGCAGGAGUAUAUGAUGCCUCCAGGCCCAAAGUUCACGCCCUUCCCGGCCGCUCGCAUCUCGCAGAAGAUCAUGUCGAAGCAGCUAGAGCGUCGAGAACCCCUCCCCACCAUCCGCGACACGUCGCCCGCUCCCUCCUCCCGGUCAGAUGGUGACGAUGGCGCUUCGUCGUCGACUACUCUUCCACCCGACUCGCCCUCGCCGCCGAGACAUCGGCCCGGCGCCGCAGGUGGCCUCCAUCUGAAGAACCCAGAGACAAUCACAGCCGAGACGCUGAAUAACCACAUGUACACUGCUGGGAACCCACCGUUGGACAUCUUCGUCAGGACUAGUGGUGUUGAGAGACUCAGUGACUUCAUGCUGUGGCAGUGCCACCAGGAUACGCACAUUUUCUUCCUGAAGUGUCUCUGGCCAGACUUUGAUCUGCAGCACUUCCUGCCGGUGCUUUUGGAGUGGCAAUGGAGGCAGAAGAAGCAGAUUGAAGCCGACGAGCGCCCGAAACAAGCAAACUCGAAGGCGCGGAAGCUUGCCUGA